AUUUGAGGAAGCACCGCCCGCUCUUCUCGCUGCCCCGGGAGUGCAGUUGUGGCAGCCGUCGCGAGGGCAACUACUCGGUGAAGAAGAUGGCUGGGCGUCUGUUGGCAGCGACUGGACCUUGGGCGAGGAUGGGACCUAUUGGGAUCCGUAGAAGCCCUUCUACCGCCAUUGCACCAUCGCGCAAUGUUACCGCCACCCAGACUGGAGCCAUUUUGCCCAAGCCGGUUAAAAUGCCCUUUGGUCUUCUCCGUGUAUUUUCUGUCGUCAUUCCCUUCCUGUAUGUUGGAACACAGAUCAGCAAAAGCUUUGCAGCUUUGCUUGAGGAACAUGAUAUCUUUGUACCAGAGGAUGACGAUGAUGACGACUAAUAGGUUUGCAAUGGAAGAAAGACUUAGUUACACAUUAUUUUGACAUCACUGUCAAAGCAUGGUCCCUUCUUUUAUUUUGUAAAGAAGGCAGUUUGGACAGAUAGAUCUUAUUCCAGCAAGUGCUGUGUGUGCGCAUGUCAAAAUGAGAAUACCUGUACCAAUGUUGGUUCACCUGCACUUUACAUCAUCUUAAAAGACUGCUUGAAGUUCUUAUCCCAACAAGUCAGGGAAACAGAAGUGUUUUAGAUUGCAAAUAAAGACAAGAGUGAGA